GUUAAUUACUUAAUUAGCAUUCUUGUUACAUUUUUCAUUAUACUAAUUAAAAUACUUCACAUUUUAUUUAACUAGUUGUUAGUUUGUUACAUUUGUCACUAUACUAGUUAACUACUUAAUUAGCAUUGUUGUUACAUUUUUACUUGUACUAGUUAUUUACUUCAAAAGUUGCUAUAAUUUUAAUUGUAGAGACACACAUUAAUUCUACUUUGCAAAAAAUUAGUUUGAAGUAUUAAUUAAAAUAGUUUUAAUUAGUUGCAUUAGUUUGGUAUCCAUUAUUAUAUUUGUUGUGAAUUAAUAUUUGUUACAUUUUUUAGAUGGAAGGUGGUAGAUAUUCGGUUGAUUUGGGUAACCUCCAACGCAAUCGAAGAAACGAGAUUGGGAGGAAGAAAUCCCGCAAAGGUAAAGAACUUGCCGGGUCUUCAUCUCAAAGUCGAGAUGAUUUUGAAACGGGUUACCAAAGGCGAGAUGGAGAUGCGAUGUCCGAAGAACAACUCCAACAAGAAUUGGCCCGACAUAAUAACCGCUUUCUACAACAACAACAAAUGCCGACGACCAUUGACGAAGAGGAGCUUGAGGAUGAAGAUGCGGAGGAAUUGGAACCGGAGACGGCCGAGGAGGAGGGUGCCGGCAGCCACGACGCCGACGCGCCUGCCUCAUCCCAAACCGCCACCGGUAAUAAAAAAAGUAAGUCUGAACUAAUGAAAAAUAAUUUUGAUAAAUGGAAGGACCCACAAACCGGCUAUUGGCACGCAACUUGCAAGUGGUGCAACAACAAUUAUAGUUUGGGAACCUCCGGCGGAUACGGAUCCGCCGCAAGGCAUCUUAAGGCAAAGCACCCCGUGGAGUAUGCAAAAUUAGGCGGCGGAACGGGGAAGCAAACUCAAAUAUCGAGGUUUGCGAAUUCUCAACCUUUUGGUAAUUUCGCCUACAAUGAUGCACAAAAUUUGACUGGUAUGGCUAACUUAAUUUGUGAAGAAAAUUUGCCUUAUUUGUUUUCUGAAAGUCUUGCUUUAAAAGAUUAUGCACAAGGUAGUUUAAAUCCUCAAUUUAGAAAUUAUAGUCGCAAAACUGUUAAGAAAGAAAUAAUAAGGCUUUAUAAUGCGGAAAAGGAAAGGUUACAAAAUUUUUUUGCAAACUUUGAUGGGCGUGUUACUAUUUGUUCUGACAUAUGGGAGGAUGAUUUUCAUCAUUUAUAUUAUUUGGGUCUGACUGCACAUUAUAUUGAUGAGGAUUGGAAUAUGCAUAAACGUGUUCUUGCUUUUCGUGAAUUUAAUGAUCGUCACACCGCUGAACAUAUUUAUAUUUUGAUUGAGCGUAUUUUAAUUGAGUAUAAUUUGAUUGAUAAGGUGUUUGCUAUUGGUUUCGAUAAUGCUACUAAUAAUACUGCUGCUAUACCUAGAUUGCGUGAGUUGUGUGGUGCCAAUUCUUUGAUGGGUAGAUUUUUUCAUCAACGGUGUGCAUGUCAUGUUAUAAAUUUAUGUGUGCAAGACGGUUUAAAAGCGUUAGGAGAUUCCAUGGAGGUAAUAAAGGGGGGGGUUAGACGUAUUUGGGGUAAUGGUCAACUUAGAUUAAAAUGGC